CCAAUCCCUUAUUCUUAUGACCUCUUUGGCCUAGGAGUUAUUAACUUGCGUGGCCAGCCAACCUCUAGGUCUAGACUUCGAGGAUUGGUGGAGAGAGAAUAGGGCAAAGAAAUUAAAGUAAAAAAAAAGUAUUAAUGGAAGCUCUAAAACUCUUUUUUCUCGCCCUCUUUGUAUCAGGAGCUCACUCCGUUACAUUCACAAUAAAAAACAAGUGCCCUUACACAAUCUGGCCAGCAACAUUAACCGGCGGUGGCAAACCUCAAUUAUCCACAACUGGAUUCGAGCUAGCAAAGGGUGCAUCACAAUCCAUCGACGUUCCAGCCGGGUGGUCGGGGCGGUUUUGGGCCCGAGCAUGGUGCUCCAAGGACGCCGCGGGGAAGUUCUCUUGCCGCGUUGCGGAUUGUGCGUCGGGUCAAGUAGGAUGCAACGGUGCCGGUGCAAUCCCGCCCGCAACCCUAGCAGAAUUCACCUUAAACGGCCACGGUGGACAGGAUUUCUACGACGUUAGUCUUGUGGACGGCUUCAAUUUGCCCGUGGCAAUAACACCGCAACCCGGGAAAAACUGCCCCGCAACGGCCUGCCCGGUGGACGUGAAUGCCAAGUGCCCGCGCGGACUGUCCAUCAAGAAUGCAGAUGGACGUGGUACAAUUGGCUGCAAGAGUGCGUGUUUGGCCUUUAACACACCAGAGUUUUGUUGUUCGGGCAACUUUGCCACGCCACAGACUUGCAAGCCUUCCAAGUACGCUAAAUUAUUCAAGCGCAGCUGUCCACAGGCUUAUAGUUAUGCUUAUGAUGACACCAGUAGCACGUUUAUUUGCGGUGCUGGAGGUGGCUACGACAUUACAUUCUGCCCAUGAUCGAUAUGUGUUAUAGAGAUAGAGAGAGAGCCUCCAGAAUAAAUUGUAUUAUUGUUUAUAUAUAUAUAUAUAUAUAUGAUCGAUAACAUACAUCAUGUUCUCCUUCUUCUUUUUUAGAAAAUGAAAAUGAAACAAAUUCAUUGUCACUAAUUGUGACUCUGAAUUAUGG